AUGUUUACGUCCGAAUUUCAGGAAAAAGAGAAGAAAGAAAUUUCCCUUCCCGGUAAAAAGGCUAACGAAGUGAAGGAGUUGCUUCAGGUUAUUUACCCUAUUGUAGAAAGGAAGCCACCCGAUGAAAUAAAAGACGAAAAUUGCCACUACCUCUUAAGCCUCGCACAUGAAUAUCAAAUAGAAGCCAUUUCUCAGAGAUGCGAAGACUUCAUUGUCAAAAUAAUGAAGGAAUCUUUUCCAGCGAAAAAGAAUCCGGAUAUCAUCGCAGAGCUGGUAUUUGCACAGACGUACAACUUAAGGAAGCUAAAGCAAGCAAGCAUUGAACUGGCUCAAAGUCUUACCCUUCCAGAGUUAAAAAAGCAAAAAGGUUACGAUGAAAUCCAUUCAGAGAAUCUUCAGGAAAUUAUGGAAAGCAUAAUAACACGGCUACAGAGUCAAUUGACUGACACUCAGAUUAAAUUAAGUGAAGCUGAGAGGUCUCUAUCUUAUUGCCGUAAAAUACCUCAUCCAAAAACUCGUUAAUUGAAAUUGCUGGUUGGACUGGCCCGAAGGAAAAUUAAUAUUGCAUCCAUCAAGAACCAAGCAGGUCAUCACAACGUUAAUGUUUCUUUUUACUGUUUUUCAUUUGCAUGCACUUAACUCUGAAUAAAUAAAAUACCAGUUUUAGCCCGUGGGGGAGGGUACUCAUGGGUGCCUUGAUCGCCAGUUAGUUCACGGAGCGCCAAGAGUCACAGCAGCCAAAUUAUAAGGAUUUGGAUAGGGAACCCACACUCCUACUUGUAAACUGCACAUUGAAAAUAAAUGGGCGAUAAAAACUUACCUGUUGUGUUCUUGAAUCUGCAGCUGGACAAAGUAAAAUUGAAGUGGAUAUUUAUAAGAAAUUGCUUAAAGUGAAACGAACAAUUUCUAAUGAAUAGCCACUUGCCGUCUUAGUUAAAUAAAAAAAAAAGCAUAAAGCGAAAGUCUUGCUUUGAGUUGCUUCGAGGAACGUUCAUCCAUGACAGCCUUUAGACGCUAAUCGCCUUUCUUUUGAUUAUUACUUUUUUCCAUAAUUCGUGCCUUAAUUGAAUACCGCUUGAAUGAAAUUUAAGGCGCCUUUUUUAUAUUUUCUUUAUCUCUGCCGAAAAAAUUUGUAAGUACGAAAGAGUUCUCGUUUCUUCCACACAGACUAGUAGCUUUUCGAGCCCGAGUUAGCUUUUUUUUAAAAAAACGGGUUAAGUUGUUCUAACGCUUAUGAUUUGUAAUCUAUGAAGUCUAUCGCACAUUUUUCAGUGAAUGCACCCCCUGAGCAUCUGUGUAGGUUUAAGCAAUUUAUAGUACAAGACUCAGAGUAUUGUGCUGCCUCUUCAAAGAAAACAACGGCCCCUCUGGUACUUUUUUUUAAAUCAGAUUCUGUUAUGCAUAAGUGUAUUCAAAGCUGAAUUUACAAAUAACUGGGCCCGAAUCAAAGAAGAACGAAUAAUAAACUUACGGCGAACACAGAAGUCGGCCAGCUUUUUCUUUUAGGUCUUUUCUUUAGGACAGUAUUCUAUUGACUCUAACAUUCGAUAUCGUCAACUGUAAAUUGGCUACCCAAGAGCAUCGUGCUUAAAAAAGAUUUUUUUCCUUUACCGAUUAUCAGUCAUUUUCACUUAAUUACCUCGAACUCUAACUUAAAUUUCACGCAAAUCAUUUUCCCCACCCGCGACUUUGGACCUGCGACUGCGACUUUCGACCUGCGACCCGCGAUCUGAGAACAUGUAUGAUUUGAAAUUUUCAGAUGUCAGUCUGACAAAGUUUGUGCCAAAUUAUAAUUUUGUGUUGUGUAAGUGAAAUGAUAGAAAUUUGAGCUUGUUGAUUUGGGGGCGUCGUAAAGUUUGAAUACCUUGCAAUAAUAAAACGUCAUAGACUCCACAACAACGACACUCAGAGGACCUGUGAUUUCUCGGCUCCGCUUAGUAUUUCUUUGGUGACUAAAACAGAAGGGUCAUAUAAUGAAUUUAUUCGUGGCAUUCCUGACACCCGGGAGGAAACAAGAUAAAAGAGCGAGGCAGAAUCAACCAAAAGAUAGCCUGUUCCAGGCGUUCAGAUAGUGGGGAGCGGUGCGAAGUAAAAAGGAGCGCGAAAAAAAUAAAAGCGAGGGAGGGGGAGAGGUGAGAGAGGUUCCCGCACCUCUCUUCCCAGUCCCCCUCUACUUUUUAUCGCUUUCUUUGCUUCGCACCGCUCUCCACUAUCUGAACGCUUGGAACAGGCUAACCAAAAAAACGAUCUAACAGAGGAAAAUAAAGGUAAAAGGAUCAUGUAACAGUGAUAAAAACUCAACUUUUAUUUCCUUUCAGCAUAAAAGCUUACAAACUCCAUUCCUAGAAGUAAACCAUGAAAUCACGAACAUUAAGUCAUCCUAAUAACAAAGCAGUUUCUUCAUUCAGAUUUCUGCAAGCUAAGUCGCUCCGUUUUUACUAAGAAACACGUCAGACAAAUAACAGAAAUAGAAAAAACAGAGCACAGCAAAGUUUUGGUUGUUUCAUAUAGCAACUUCGGCGAAAAGACACUCCAGACGAACAAGUGAUACCGCUGACUAAAUACUAAUGUACAGUAAACACAAAGGACCAGAGACUGGCAGACAGCGAUGACGUAACACGCUUGGUAGAGAGAGACCUGUAAACUAAAGAAAAUGAUGAAUAAAACGUUGGUUAGUGUACGUUUAAAAUUAAGACUCUUGUAGCAAACUGGGCAGAGCCCGACAAUGUAGGCACAGUACUCAUAUAUUUGACAAAAUUAGUUACGUUCUCAUGGUCACGCUUUUUCCAGGAACUUGAUCUGGAAUUUUCUCUCUACCGACCAAAGUUUUGCCUCGGGGUUUUGAGUCUUUGGAGGUAAAAAAGCAAAUGAAUUGAUCCAGUUGCUUCAGAUCAUUUACCCUUCUGCAUCAGAGAAGCCAACCGAUCAAAUAAAAGAGGAGAAUUGUCGCUUUUUGUUACAGCUUGCGGAUGAGUACCAAAUGGACGCUAUUGUUCGGACAUGCGAAGAUUACAUUGUCACUACGUUGAAGAGAACGAGAAAAGGAAUAAUUGAAGAGCUGAUAUUUGCUCAGACAUACAACUUACAGAAGCUGAAGCGGACGAGCAUUGAACUGGCUAAAGAUCUUACUAAGAUCUUUAGAACUCAAACGUAACAAAUUAUACGGCAAAAUCAAUGCAGAGAACCUGCAAGGAAUUUUGGAAGAAAUAAUAAUCCGGCUUGAGAAAGAAGUGAGCUCAUUGAACAACUGGGGCCAGAAGCGUUCGGCACGCGAGUGGAAAGAUUGGUAGUAAACUUUAAAAAAAAUAAUACUUCACUGAAAGUAAGUAAAUCUGUACUCUUGAAUCGCAAGGUUUUUUCAACAAAACGUUGACAAAGAAAUGACCGUAAGAGAUAUUGUUUUCAAGUUCCUGGGAGAACUGUAUAUUUCCGCGAGCAACUAAGGCAAAUUAUGGGAGUCGAUAGUUGAAAGUAAAAUUCCUAAAUUAUAUCAAACGAAUUGCAUAUAAAUGCAAAUAAAUAAUAUUUGUCUUUGUAUAUGGUAGAAAUGUUCCUUUUUGUUCUAGCCAGUUUACGGGUACCUCACUCAAAACAAUUGCGGCAAGCUAAAUGAUCUAAACUUAAAACUUAGGAUUGCCGAGAACCGGAAUCGUGCUGGUGAUCUGAGGGGGUCUCGAGCGUGGGACAAUGGGAUUGCUAGUCCAACAUGCUGACCACCUAGCAACGCAGACAUCCCCAACUACCCUUAAUGCCGUAAAUAUUACGUUCUCAAAACAAGUAGCCGAUGAGCAGCACAAAUAUAUCCCAAGUGAGCAGUCAAGUCGUGUAAUAAAGCAAAAGCGCACGUUUUAUGGCCUAUUUACAAGUGUAAACAACUUCGAACGGCUCUAUAAAAAUUUGAACAAGCAGUAAUAAUAUCUGUUCCAAUUUUAUCCGUUCGUUACCAAAAAGGAUCCACAAGCGCCCAUGCUCCGCUUACAGAAUGGAAGGCUUGAAAAUCAGAUGUGGCAUCACCAACAAAACAAGCAGUUAUCGCCUGUCCCAAAAAUAUGUCUAUAUUGCUGGCUAGACUCUUAACACGAUGAAUAGGGGAAUGGGUAGACGCCUUUUUCUCCUCCACUGUUCCCCCCCCCCCCUCCCCCAACUCCAACCGCGAGCACUCUUUAAAAAGCCCUAACUCUUUUCACCUUUUGUUUGCAAAUUAUGUUCCAGAAUCAAAACGAACACUACGUGUUCUCUAUCUCCACCAAGUUUAUUAACUUUAAAAAAGCAAGAAAGACGGCAGGGCCGAGUUGUUCAAAGCUGGGUUAAGAUAACCCAGGGUUAGUGAGAGAUUUGAAUUCAGAUUUGAAAGCUUAAAAAGCAUUUCAGUUUCAGUUCUUUUUGUCUACAAGUUGAUGACUGGAAGCUCUAAAAAUAGCAGAGAAAAUUAUCCGAGAAAAUGCUUUUGAACCCAAGAAAAAGAAACCGGGUUAAGCGCUAAUCGGCUUUCGAACAACUGGGCCCAGGGUGCUACAAUUUAUUUCGUGGACACAUUGUAAGAAAUUCUACGUGGAACAAUGGUAUUUCAUUCUGACUUUACAUGGAGAAGUUGAUCCUUUCUUACUCCACAGUGCAUUAUAGAAAUAAUAAAAGAUACAAACAACGAACACAGCAAAGUUUCCUGAUGUUUCGUACACUAACUUUGGGGAGAAUACACUCCAGACGAACAGCAGGUGAUACCGCUGACAGAAUUCCAAUGUAAGAGUGAUGACGUAACACGCUUGGUAAAGAGAUUCUGCAACCUAUAGAAAGUAAUGGACCAAUGAAAAGUUCCAGGCUAAAAGAUCUAUCAAACGAAAUAGGACGAGUCACUAUCUAUUAGAUGUAACACAAGUGCUUCAAAGCGGACUUCUCGAUUAAGAGAUCAGUACAAAGUUGCGUCAGUCUUCUAAAAUCUAUACCCAGUUCCACAAUACCCAGUGAAAGGAAACAAGUUCAGUGCUCAGAGCUAGAGGAUAUGGUGCCUUGAGUACCCUCAGCUUUACAGAGAUCAUAAAAUAGAUCCAAAAUCCAUCUCUCCGUAGGGCGGGUUGGAGAGGACCCUGGGAACGAGGCUAGCCAUAUCACGUGUCCCCGAGGCCUCGAGGAUCCUACGUUCCGCGUCAAAUUCGUUUUCGGUCCUUGACAUUUUUAAUAUCAAUUUAAUCCCAGUUAUAAUUUGUUGAAAUACUUCCGGGAAACACAACAUAAACUUAGUCGUUUCAUGAAUUCACGCAUUGCUUCCCUGGCUCCUUCGCGAAAGGGAACGGAAAGAAAAAUUCCUCAAGCUUUUCAACAAUUAUGACCGGGACUGCAGCCCGAAACCAAGAAGAUGUUAGAUCUUGUCAUGCGUGAUUUGUUUUCAAUUUACUUCCAGGCAGGAGGUAAUAACGGAGAAAUUUUGAUUUCCUGGAAUUGUGUGUAAAUCUGAGAAAUGUUUACAAUACUGGGAUGUAUUUUUAAUUCUGGGAAACACUCUUUUGAAUGCUGAAUUAAUCAUGAGCUACUGUAUAGUAACCGUCUGGUGGAAACUAUAAUCAUCAAUGUUAGUCAUCCUCCUUCAAUGUUGUGAAAUUAAGUCUGCCAAAAGUUUUUAGCAUUGGGUUAACUUUUAAUCCACCAAUGGCAGAUAAAGAAAGUAACUGUGAACCUCAAGAUUUUACACAGCCAUGGAAAUUUAGCGAUGUCGUUCUCGUGGUCGAAGGUGAAAAACUCCAUGUUCACCGAGCUGUGCUUGCCUUGUGCUCCCCCGUUUUCGAGACGAUGUUUACGUCCGAAUUUCAGGAAAAAGAGAAGAAAGAAAUUUCCCUUCACGGCAAAAAGGCUAACGAAGUGAAGGAGUUGCUUCAGGUUAUUUACCCUACUGUAGAAAGGAAGCCACCAGAUGAAAUAAAAGAGGAAAAUUGCCACUACCUCUUAAGCCUCGCACAUGAAUAUCAAAUGGCAGCCAUUACUCAGAGAUGCGAAGACUUCAUUGUCAAAAUAAUGAAGGAAUCUUUUUCAGUGAAGAAGGAUCCGGAUAUCAUUGCAGAGCUGGUAUUUGCACAGACGUACAACUUAAAGAAGCUAAAGCAGGCAAGCAUUGAACAGGCUCAAAGUCUUGCUCUUCCAGAGUUGAAAAAGCAAAAAGGUUACGAUGAAAUCCGUUCAGAGAAUCGUCAGGAAAUUAUGGAAAGAAUGAUAACACGGCUACAGAGUCAAUUGACUGACACUCAGACUAAAUUAAGUGAAGCUAAGCGGUCUCUAUCUUAUUUCCAACUGCGAUAA